CGUCGCCGUUGUUCUUUUGUUAGUUUUUCUGUUCGAAAAAAGUAACUCAAAAUGACCAUCAACGAGAAAACCAAACUGGUGCCCAAGGAGAACCAGAAAUCCUACGUGAUUCCGAUUCCCCAGGAGGAAGAUCCCAACAACAAUACCAGCGCAAGCAUACUACAAAACUAUGAUUCGUACGCUCUAACCAAGGAAGAACUGACCAAAUACAUCGAGGAAAAAUUCUGGAAUCGAGUCCGGUACAUCUGCUUCUCGCUCUAUUGGCUUCUUUGCAUCGUGGCCCUGUUCUGCUCGUGCUACCUGGAAGCCCUGGAUUCCGGAUUAUGCGAAGUUGCAUUUGAAGAAAAUGGUACCUCAAUGCUAAACAAUGCCACCUUCGGUGGAGGCAGCUCGACCCUAUCACCACCGACUCCCAUCAGUAUGGCAGUGACCGACGAUAACUCCGGUGUUGUCUUGCGUAUGCUGAAUCAACCAUCCUCCUAA